ACUAAGUUCACAUUUACAUAAAUAAACCACAACAAGAUGCAUUCAAAAAUAUACCAAAUUUCUAUCAUUGUUCUCUUCUUAUGUAUUUGCAGUGCAAAUUUUGCAUAUAGUUCUAAAGGUGCAAGAAAGACUCUAGUGGAGAAAAUGGCCACUUCAGACCCAAGUGGUACUACUACUACUACUGGAUCAGGCCAUGGUAAGAAUUGGGACUAUAGUUGGGGGUUUGGGUCAAGUCCAGGGAGUGGUUGGGGUUAUGGGUCAGGAUCGGGCCGGUCUCCUAAUGGAUUUGGUAAAGGUUAUGGUUUUGGGUAUGGUUCUGGGAGUGGAAGUGGUAGUGGCUCAGGGUCUGGUUAUGGUUAUGGGUCUGGUGGUGGUGGAGCUCAUGGAGGUGGUCAUGGUUAUGGUUCUGGUUAUGGAGGUGGAGGUGGAGGUGGAGGAAGCGGUUAUGGAGGUGGAGGAAGCGGUCCUGGCAACCACGGAUAAUUAAGUUGUUGCAGCCCUAAUUAAUUGGUCAUGUAUGUUUCAAAAUAGUAAAAUAGGUUGAUGGUUCAACAAGGUAUGUGUUUUAAGUAAUAGCAUGUUGUGUGCAAGUUUGAUUGUAAUUUAUGAUUAUGUAGAGAUGGUCAAUAUAUAUAGGUAUGAUCAUCCUAUGUUAUGUAACAAAUUAAGUGUGUUUUUCUAUAUAUAGUUUUUUCCUCAUGAA